AAGAGCAAUUCAGUGUUUCAGACCACUUCUUUCACUGCGAAAAUGGCGAGUGCUGUUAGGCGUAGGUCUUCUAGACAGAUCCAAGACAAGUCAAGCGAUUUUUUAUGCAGCAUAUGCCGAGAGAUACUCAAGUCACCUUACAAGCUACCGUGUUCUCACAUAUUCUGCCAUGACUGCAUAUCAAUGAGUUCGCAAGAUAGUUGCCCAUAUUGCAGACAAAACUUCAAUCCUAUGCAGAUGAGACGAGCAAUUGAAGUUGAACAGAAAAUCAAAACAGAAUCUGCGAAAUGUGAAUUCUGCGAAGAAAAGAUUCUUUUAAGACACAUGCAACAUCAUUUGGAUGACUGUGGUGACAGUAUUUUGGCCCAAAAACUUGACAACGCAUUGCAGAUGAAAGGAUCAAAAGAUGUAGAACGAGCAAAUCCUUCAAGUGAAUUGGGAAUGGCAACGGGAAGAAGCCAAUCUAACCAAGGACAAUUAAAAACCGUGCCAGCCCUAUUUGAUUGCCCAUGUUGCAGUGUCAGACGUCUGGACAGAGAAUCCUUACUGGAACACGUGCUUGCCCAGCACAGAACAGGGAUCCUUCAAGUAGUUUGCCCGAUAUGCGCAUCUAUGCCAUGGGGAGAUAGAAAUUACAAAAGUGUUAACUUCUUGGCCCACAUCAAUCUUCGUCACCAAUUCGACUACGACAGAUUUGUGGACAUGAAUCAGAAUGAAGAUGAACUUCUCAAGAAUGUAAUAUACCAAUCAAUGUACGAUCAGUAAGGACUCUUAACUGAUAAAAAUUUGCUUUAAUUUUAGAACUAGCUAGCUAUUUGAAUAAUGUAUACCCGUUUAUACAAAAUAUGUCCAAUCUUUGUUUUUGCAAUAAUUUAAUUGGAACAAAAUUUAUUCUUAUUA